AUGGCCUCCGGAGGGACAGUGCCACCGAAGCAAGAAACUGCUAGUUCCAGCGUAAAACGGAAGCUUUCCGAGUGCACUCCGAAGGUCAAUGAGCCAGACACGAAAAAGGUUCACAUCGGAGAUGUUAUCGACAGCACCGGAAGGAAGACAACUGUUACCGUCGAUACAGAACAAAAGGUAACCGUUGGCAGUCUUUCUGCGCCAGUGUCCGAAUCGAGUUCUGGCGACGUGCCGAUGGAAAAACCACCCUCGGUUGAAAAGAUGGACGUGGACGCGUCGCCCGAGCCUGAAACGUCUUGCUGCGAAAACGUGGACACACUUCCCGACACGGAGCCGAACACGGAGACGGAAGGUGAAGAGAAAACGGAAGAGAUAAGCUCAUCGGUGGCUGAUCAAUCGACGCGAAAGGGUGACGAUGAAAUGCUUGAAAGCAAUUCGAAUGUGUCCAGCUCGGAUGAUAAGCGCACGGGAGCAACGGAAAGUGUAGGGCAACCAAAACCCCCGGACAGCGAGGUUUCUGCAUCGGCAUUGCCGACCCCCUCGGAAGUAGAGGCCAUGGAUGUCGAUAUGGAAGCGGAUGUGGAUGAGGGUGACCUGCCGUCGGGACCCAUAGGUCCACCGGUCGUGGAACCACCGUGUGUGAAGAAGGUGGCAUACUUGUGUUACGAUGAUGAGCACCCGGAUGGGAAAACGGCUCCGAAGCCUGAACCGUCUUCGGGAAAAUCCACACCUGUCGCUAGUACAUCCACAAAAACGCCCACAAACAUUCCAUCGGCUGUGGCCCCCAGUAUGUCUGCGAACGAGGGAAAGAUGGAAGUUGAUUCGGUGCCCAAGUCAACGAGUAGAAAACCAGCAACUCUACAGGCUGAAGCUGUUGUCGAUAGCAGCAUCGCUGCGGAAGCUUUAGAGCCCGUAGUGGCAACCAGCAAGAAAUCGAUCGCUUCGUCCGCCAUCAGCACAGCAAAAGUUUUGGGCGAAAAUGUUGUUGAAAGCUCACAACCAUCCUCCAGUAGCGACUCGAAGAAACAAGCAUCUGACAAGGGUGUGGAUGAACAACUACGGGCUACUGUUCACCGUAGCGCACUGCUGGCCAAGGCAAGCAGCACGCCCAACACCGGCACAACCGGUAGCCCCGCAGCGACCCCGUCAAUGAAUCCUUCAACGCCGAAUCCAGUGAUAGCGUCAGCUGUGAGCUCAUCGAACGUGUUCAGCUCCACGCCAAUCCACAAAAACUUCGAACACAAACCGGUGAACUCCGGAAACGUGAGCAAAAUCACCAACCCUUCUUCGGUUGAAACCAGUCGAAUCGAAGCGGACGACGCUACCGAGCAUUCGUCCAUGGCAGUUAAUGCUGUGACCACUGGUGAAGGCAAUGAUACGACCGGUGUAGCGACGGCUUCCACCACCAAAUCGUUGUCAGCAUCAGGUGGAACACCCUCCAAUACCGAAACGGCAUCCCCCAGCACGGAGGCAGCCUCCACUUCAACGUCACCCAGUGCCAGAUUGACCCCGCCUAAAAAGGAUCCGCUACUAAAGCACGAACAUUCGAGCAGUGGCACCAGCCUGAAGACAACCGAUUCAUCGGAAGUAGAUUCAUGCACAGUGACAUCGGAAAUGAAUACAGCCGAAGAGAUCGCCAUGUACGCUAACAAUGCGCGCAAAUACAAUGGCAUAUCGUCGACUUCAUCGGACGUAUCGGAGUUGGGUGCAGCAAAAGCUGAAGUUCUGAAAACGCCCGUCGUCACCAUGAAACAGGAGGAAGAGAGUAACUCAGCGCUCAGCUCGUCACCGGUCACGAAAGUUGACCUGGUCAGUGCGAUACGGCCAACUACCUCGCACCAGCAGCAGUAUGAAGUCAGCAUAUGGUUCGAAGGACGAGAUCUGCAGUUUCUGUCGAUAGAGAAACUUGGCAACCAAGCCAAUAGCACCACACCCGUAGGAGAUUCUCCUAUGCACGCAGCCAGCAUCGGGAACGAUGUUUCGGGGACCGAUGGUUCGCUGAAACAAUCGACCACCAGCACCACCUCCAACGGAAGCGUGACCAGUUUGGGCCCGUUUGCGUUGCCAGAUAAAAGGCUCACGGCGUCGACCGUCUCUUCGAAUAGCUCCUCUGGCUCCGUGGCUGCCAGUCUGAUCACUCACCAGUCGAGUGUGAAGCCCAACGUGCCACAGGUUAAGCAAACGGUCAUAGGACCGAGUGCACUGUGCGAUUUGAUGAUCGGCGAGUUUAAGAAGUUGAAGCGAACAUUUGCACCGCACGGUGUCGAUGACGAUGGUCGUUCGCUAGAUGCGCAGUUAGAAAAGACUCCCAAAACGCCUACCAGCUCGCGUGGUCAACGUAAAGAUGCGUUGUCUGGCAAAAAAAGUGCAUCCCGCGCUCAGAAACGCGCAGAAAAGAUGGCGGAUGGCAGCGACGAGGAGGACACCGACACUGACUUAUUCACACUGAAGGCUUCCUCCGGUUCGCCGGCCACCAAGCAAGCGACUAAACGGUCGAAGGGAACCCCCGAAUCACCGGGCGUAUCAUCCAGUCACGCGGCCGCAACAAAGACAUCGGUGAUACCCGAACCGAAGCAGUUCGAUAUUUGCUGCCUUGCACGGUGGACUGACCGCAAGUACUAUGCUGGGCGCGUGACAAAUCAGCGGGGCGACAAGUACGUCGUCAUGUUCGAAGACGGCUGCUCGAAAACACUGGCACGCGAUGUCAUCGUGUUCGGGGAGGACGGUGUGCUUCCCAUUCUGAAUCACUCGAUCCACGUCCUGACCGGUGGUGACACCUAUGAGCCCGCCAUUGUGGAGGAGGUUAAGCGCAAUGAUUCGUCGAACGAGGUGGUGUACGCUGUGCGAACUGCAUCGAGUACGCUCGAGAUCGCGGCUAGUGGCAUCUAUCUAACCGACGAGCAGGCAAAGUGGAUACAUAACGCUUGCAAAAACAAGCCCGACCCGAUUCAACAACUUUUGCUACAGUCUGGGGCUGCGGACGCUGGAGAUGAUGGUGAAGGUGCAACAACGGGUGGCGGUGCUGCUCGUGGAGCUGGAACCGCAACCGAUCAAGCAGGUGGCGAUAAGGGGUCACGAUCAACGCGAAGCAAACGAGGCUUUGACAAAACGAUUACUCCUGGAACACCGGAAGCGGGCUACUCGGGCGGUGUCGGUAAAAAGGGGCGUCGCGGACGAAGAAACAAACUUCCACCCCCUGGUUCAAACAUAUCUGAGUGUAGCGAAGGGUCAGACACCUACGAAGACGAACAAUCGGUGCCGCAGAGUCCGGAAGCGGGACUAGACGCAGUGGACGGUGUGCAGCCAGAACUGCAACGUACCGAACAGGAAUCGGAGCUAGUUAAAAUCAAUCUGAUCGCGGAGUACUUUGGUGCGGAUUAUGAUGAAGAGAAUGCUGCUCAGCUGCUUGGUGCGAUUCCAUAUAGCGCGAAAACGCUGUUCCGAAACAAGCAUUUCCUCUUGAGUUGUACGAUCCCACCGAAAAGUGCUGACAAUUAUGAGCUCAAUAGGGCCACGUUUAGUUCGGCACCGUUCGUGAAACAGCACUUGCGACGGCAAAUCGAGGCCGGUGGCGGAAAAGUGUACAAUUUUUUCGAGGAUGUUCCAAAAAAUAAGUACAAAAACUGCAAACUGAUUGCUCCCCGUCCUUCGACGACGGCUUUGUAUAUUCAGUGCCUGGCGUGCAAUAUUGUGGCUGUUUCUCACGAGUGGAUAGCUCAGUGUUGCCACGAGCAAACUCUGCUAGACCAUAAGAAUUACACGUUACCUUCCGGUUGGUCCUUUCUCGAGCAGCGGUACAUGCCUUGGGGUGCUGGAAGGACACAAAAUAAGCGAUCCACACCGACACCGCUUUCAUCGACUUCAAUCAACGUGGCAAGCUUGAACAAAGACUUCAACGACUUUUGGAGCCGCGUCUGCCGGUUGGGUGGUGCCACGGUGCGUUUAAUAAAGCGGGAGUCGGAUGUCACCGAAACCCUUUCCGGUUACCUCCUAACCGAUCAGGAAUUCCCGGAGGAAAUAAAAAUUAAAGCAAGCCGCAUCGGGUUGCUGGUGGUGUCGACCGUUUGGGUGGUCCAGUGCCUAAUUAAUGGCCGUAUUUGCCAUCCGAGCAGUCACGAGAAGCUGACCCAGAUCUAUCAAGAGGAUGAUUACUAGCCGCUGCUGAUCGACCGUGGCUAAAGGCAUUUUGUUGUUUGGUUCCCACUGUAAUAUUUGUUAUGUUUACUGUAU